GUCGACAAAUCAUCGACAGUUCGUCAUGACGACAAAUCACGGAUAGAUAAUACCGACGCUGGACAAUCCUAUUUAAUCAGCUCGCUUUAGUUUUCAUUGAUUGAGACCUCGUGUCUUAUCGUAAAGAGAUUCGUGAAAUGGUAAAAGUGCUGCUUAACUGAUAAUGAUGAAUUGGGCGUGAACAUUUCACCAGCUUCUUUUUAAAUCUUCCUUUAGCUUCAUUUUAAUGUACGCCAGUGACGUAUCGAAUACUUCCUUCUCCAACCGUGUGUGCUAACGACUGUCACGUCCUUCGUGAAACUCGUUGAACGUCACAAAGCAGUGACGUAGAGUUGUGAAACGACGUGAGACGAAGCGAAGACAGUGAACGAAGCGAUAGGAUGUUAAUAUUAGUCGAAUCGUUUACGAAUAUCCGCGACGCGUCGGAUUACGUCUAAUUUUUUUUAUGUGCCAUACAUUUUUACGGGGUGUGAAAACACGAGUUUAUCUGUGUCGAAGUUCCAGCUGCGACCUUCGGAGGCGCGUGGUAUCACCGGCAAUAGUGUCCGACAGUACAGAAUCAUUAUAAGAUUAACAUUUACUUUAUGAACGUGUUUUCAUAAUUAUAUCAAUUAUAUAUAUAUAUAUGUAUCGCAUGUGUAAAUGUACAGUGAGUGGCAUGCACAAAGUAUUUGGAAACCGUACAAUUUUUUAGAGUUCCGUUCAUCGAUAUCUUCCUCUCGAGCAGCGUCGAUGAAAAUUCAACUAUAAAGACGCCAUGUUAGAAGCUGAUAAUAAUAAUUAGAGGCGCAGACAAAGUGACUGUGGUCGAUGGAAACGAUGAUCUGUGCGAGUGUGUUGGUAUGGUGACAUUGGUGCAACAGCAUCGACAAACGGACGAAAACCAAUAUCUAAAAGAUUCAAAUCAAAUAAGCAACGCCUCCAUUGAAAAUCGCGAUAACGAAAACUGUGGAGGUGAGAUAGUGCAUUCUUCUGUUGAUACUGUGGUUAGCGUCACCGGAAAUGGCAGCCUUGCCGGUUCCUCUACGCAGUGCAGUAACAUAGAAGAUGACAGUGAGGAUGAUGAAACGGAUAUCGAUGAAGGAGAUUGGGUACCAGACUUACCCGUGCCGGCGGUGUUUAAGCAACAUCAAGAAGUGACCACAGUCGAUGGCAAUGUGGUGCUUCCAAAUGCAGAUGUCUCGAAUUUUGGUGAUGUACGCGUGAAGAAUUCGAGUAACGUGCAUCUUGGUAACAAAACCUUCUAUAAAGGUCCAGUAACAAUAAAGCAGUUCGUUUACACGAACCCGACUUCGAUACAGGAACCCAAUACGGCGAAGAGUGAUAAUGUUCAAGCAUCGAAUGCAAAUACCUCCGAUUUGUCGACUACCAAAGGAGCUUCGACUGCGAUCUUAUCACAAAAUCCUGAUCUCCGUAACGACCUCUUGUCGUUAAUGAUGCAAUUUUAUCAUUGCACAUUCUAUCACUGUACUUUGGGUUUAAAAUCCUAUCGUUCCCGUCAUUACGCUAACAAAAUAAUGAAUAAAUCAAAGUCGUGUAUUUGUUUUUAUGUCAGAAUAAAAAGAUUCAACAAGAACAGUGAGUGCUAUGAAAUUAGAACAAAAAACGCUGGUGACAGAUUAACAAAAUGGGUGUGGACCUGGCGAUGCGCAGCAUUUUUGUGUUUACUAGCUUUGCUUCUUAUAAUUGUCGUUGUCAUUGCGAAUGUAUACCUCACGCGCAAUUCUACUGCUACAACAUCUGUAGGUUUUCCGCAAAUUCCAGAUUCUGGACUCGGAGAUAAAGUAAAAAAUGUUCGUUUCAUUGAACGAAAUGAAUGGGGUGCUCAACCACCUACGACAGAUUUAACAAAGAUGAAACUUCCGGUACCGUACGUGAUUAUUAGUCAUACGGUAACUGAAUUUUGUAGAACACAAGCGGGAUGUACAUUUCACGUUCGUUAUAUACAAACAUUUCACAUAGAAUCUAGACAAUGGUCGGAUAUCGCUUAUAAUUUUCUUGUUGGUGGCGAUGGAUACGUAUACGUUGGUCGCAGUUGGGAUUUUAUGGGCGCUCAUUCCUUUGGAUUCAAUAAUAUUAGCAUAGGUAUUUCUUUUAUCGGAACAUUCAACACCGUAAUACCACCUAAAAGUCAACUGUAUGCUGCGCAACGACUUAUCGAAUUGGGCAUUGAAAAUGGUAAAAUUGCGCCGGAUUAUAAAUUAUUAGGACACCGACAAGUCUCUCGGACUUUAAGUCCAGGAGAUGCAUUAUACAGUGUCAUCCAAACUUGGCCCCAUUGGUCACCAUCGCCAUGUACUUUGGGUUUAAAAUCGUAUUGUUUCUGUCAUUACGCUAACAAAAUAAUGAAAAAAUCAAAGGUGCGUGCUUCUUAUUAUGCCAGAAUAAAAAGAUUGAACAAGAUCAAUGAGUGCUAUGAAAUUAAAACAAAAAAUGCUGAUGACAGAUCAAAAAAAUGGUUGUGGGGCAUUGGAUGCGUAGCAAUUUUGUUUUUAGUAUCUGCCCUUCCUGAUAUUAUCAUUCACAUUACGAAUAAAUACCUCGCGCGUAAUUCUAGUACUACAACAUCUGUAGAUUUUCCGCAAAUUCCAGAUUCUGGGCUCGGAGAUAAAGUAAAAAAUGUUCGUUUCAUUGAACAAAAUGAAUGGGGUGCUCAGCCACCUACGACAGCUUUAACAAAGAUGAAACUUCCAGUACCAUAUGUGAUUAUUAGUCAUACGGCAACUGAAAUUUGUAGAACAGAAGCAGAAUGUGCAUAUCACGUUCGAUAUAUACAAACAAUUCACAUAGAAUCUAAACAAUGGUCGGAUAUCGUUUAUAACUUUCUUGUUGGUGGCGAUGGAUACGUAUACGUUGGUCGCAGUUGGGAUUUUAUGGGCGCUCAUUCCUUUGGAUUCAAUAAUAUUAGCAUAGGUAUUUCUUUUAUCGGAACAUUCAACACCGUAAUACCACCUAAAAGUCAACUGUAUGCUGCGCAACGACUUAUCGAAUUGGGCAUUGAAAAUGGUAAAAUUGCGCCGGAUUAUAAAUUAUUAGGACACCGACAAGUCUUUCGGACUUCAAGUCCGGGAGAUACAUUAUACAGUGCCAUCCAAACUUGGCCCCAUUGGUCACCAUCGCCAUAAAGAAAUCUUUCUUUUUGUACAAUACGAUGUAUCAGUGAUAUUUCAAAUGUAUUCAAUUAUAUAUUCUUAUCGUCCGAAAUACAGAUGUACAUUUGUACAAAUUUCGAACAAUUAAAUUCUGUUUGUAUUUA